CGGUCCGAGUGAGUGUGGUUCCUGCGCCUGCAGAGUUGAGGGCUGGUGCUGCUGUUCGUGCGGUUGUGUUUUUCGCCAGUCGGCCUUCCUCCUCCGGGACCAUGGCCACCGAUUCGUGGGCCCUGGCAGUGGACAAGCAGGAAGCGGCUGUCAAGUCGAUGAGUAAUUUGCAGAUCAAGGAAGAGAAAGUCAAACCAGAUACCAAUGGUGUUAUCAAAACUAAUGCCACUCCAGAGAAAACAGAUGAAGAAGAGAAAGAGGACAGAGCCGCCCAGUCCUUACUCAACAAGCUGAUCAGAAGCAACCUUGUCGAUAACACGAACCAAGUGGAAGUCCUGCAGCGAGAUCCAAACUCCCCUCUCUACUCAGUGAAGUCCUUCGAGGAGCUUCGGCUGAAACCACAGCUUCUGCAGGGAGUCUAUGCCAUGGGGUUCAAUCGACCAUCCAAGAUACAAGAGAAUGCGUUACCCAUGAUGCUUGCUGAGCCCCCACAGAACCUGAUUGCCCAGUCUCAGUCUGGUACUGGUAAAACAGCUGCCUUCGUCCUGGCCAUGCUCAGCCGAGUGGAACCAGCAGAGAGAUACCCCCAGUGUCUGUGCCUCUCCCCAACAUAUGAGCUGGCGCUUCAGACAGGAAAAGUGAUUGAGCAGAUGGGCAGAUUUCAUCCCGAACUAAAGCUUGCUUAUGCUGUUCGAGGCAAUAAAUUGGAAAGAGGUCAGAAGAUCAGUGAGCACAUUGUCAUUGGCACCCCUGGGACCGUUCUGGACUGGUGCUCCAAGCUCAAGUUCAUUGACCCCAAGAAGAUCAAGGUGUUUGUUCUGGAUGAGGCUGACGUGAUGAUAGCUACUCAGGGCCACCAAGAUCAGAGCAUCCGCAUCCAGAGGAUGCUUCCCAGGAACUGCCAGAUGCUGCUUUUCUCUGCCACCUUCGAAGACUCUGUCUGGAAAUUUGCCCAGAAAGUGGUCCCAGACCCAAACAUCAUCAAAUUGAAGCGCGAGGAGGAGACACUGGACACCAUCAAGCAGUAUUACGUCCUGUGCAAUAGCAGAGAUGAGAAGUUCCAGGCCUUGUGUAAUAUCUACGGGGCCAUCACCAUUGCUCAAGCCAUGAUCUUCUGCCAUACCCGCAAAACAGCUAGUUGGCUGGCAGCAGAGCUCUCAAAAGAAGGCCACCAGGUGGCUCUGCUGAGUGGUGAAAUGGUGGUGGAGCAGAGGGCUGCAGUGAUUGAGCGCUUCCGAGAGGGCAAAGAGAAGGUUCUGGUCACCACCAACGUGUGUGCCCGCGGUAUCGAUGUGGAACAGGUGUCUGUCGUCAUCAACUUUGACCUUCCCGUGGACAAGGAUGGGAACCCGGACAACGAGACCUACCUGCACCGGAUCGGGCGCACCGGCCGCUUUGGCAAGAGGGGCCUGGCCGUGAACAUGGUGGACAGCAAGCACAGCAUGAACAUCCUGAACAGAAUCCAGGAGCAUUUCAAUAAGAAAAUAGAAAGACUGGACACAGAUGACUUGGACGAGAUUGAGAAAAUAGCCAACUGAGAAGCUCCUGCAGUCACUGGUGCCACCCUUGGUGCUCCCCCUGCACGGCACACUAGUGCUUUCAUGGCACAGGCCUCAACAGUCAACACAAAGAUGAAGGCACGAGUAGAGAGAAACUACCUACCUCAUUUUAAAUUACGUUUGGACUUGACAAAAAUUGCGCAAAUGAUGGGGGAAGGUAGAAGAAAAAAUUUGCAUUUUGGAAAAUUUAGUCCUUUUCCUCCCAUCCCUUUUCAAAGCCACGGUUUCCUCCGUCUUUAUAAUAACAUGCUCACUAUUGGUAAUCGCUGGCCCCAGGAUCCCCUGCCUGUUUUCUGGCUAGGGGUGUUGAGACCAGCCUCUAGCCGCUGAAGAAACGAUAGAGGUAUAGGCAGAGGACAGGAAAGGCCUGGGCAACUCAGCCGUGUGAGCUCCUGUGCGUGGGUGGAGCGUGCGGGCGGCAGCAGAGAGGCCUGAGAGCAGCACCCCCAUCCCUGACUGGGACUUGUCACGAAUGUCUCUUGCCCUUGGCCACCUUCCUUCUCCUCAAAUCCAGAGAUGUCCCAGCUGAUCCCUUUUACCUCUGUUGUCUGUGCAGAGUAUAUCCUCUCUCCCUGUGUGAGCAUCUUGGCUACUUUGUAAACCUCAGAUUUGGGGAGAACCACGGAAGUCAGUGAAUCUUCAGAGGGAAUGCUCUGGCAAGAGUGGAUGAUCUAGGGCUGCCUUCUCCUCCCGCAAUUGUUCUGUCUGCUCAGGUACCUGGUGUCACAGCAGCCAGGGGACACCGGGUGGUUUUCUGACACACGCCUGGCCAAGUGAGUUGAUUCUCACCCAUGGAUGUCACACUGUGCCUGGAGUCGAGCAGCAGAGUUUGGAAAGGAAGUUAUGACCAAGUGAAAACUCUGAUUAUGCUGUUCAUCCGUAACGUAGAUGAACUUUAAUUCAUACAUUGUCUGUAUGAAUAAGGAUGGAUAAAUUAGAGCUAUACCCAUCAUUCAUUAUGUUAAGAAAUUUAAAAAUAAUUAUGAAAUGCUUUACUAAU